AAAGAAAAAAAGAAAAAUCACUAACAGUGUUCAGACCAGAGAGUCUGAGACUCAGACAAAACGGCUCCGUUAGUUCCGGUUACAAAAAUAUCGCAUCUCCUUUAGAUCAAACGGCUUUCAUUAAUCCACGUCAUCCUCAACUCAAGCUCUCUUUAAAUCCUCUCCCUCUGUCUAAAGCCACUUCAUCUUGGACUCGUUCGAUGGAUCUGUCACACCGCCAAAUAAGUCGUAAUAUGAGAUCUUCUUCACCUUCCUCAUAGAUCUCAGAUCCCGAUUCCGUCUCCUCCGCCUGAGAAAUAACAUUUCCUCCACCGGAGAACACUUCUCUCUCCCUCAGAUCUAGCGAAAGAAAGAGUUUGAGUCAAACCUAACCACCAUGGCGUUGAGCAUACGCAAAGCGAUCGGCGUGGUGAAGGACCAGACGAGCAUCAGCAUAGCCAAGGUCGCCAGCAACAUAGCUCCAGAUCUGGAAGUGGCCAUCGUCAAAGCCACGAGCCACGACGACGACCAGUCCACGGAGAAGUACAUCCGCGAGAUCCUCAGCCUCACCUCCCUCUCCCGCGGCUACGUCCACGCCUGCGUCACCUCCGUCGCCCGCCGCCUCGGCAAAACUCGCGACUGGAUCGUCGCGCUCAAAGCCUUAAUGCUCGUCCACCGCCUCCUCAACGACGGCGACCCGCUCUUCCAGGAGGAGAUCCUCUACGCGACGAGGCGAGGCACGAGGAUCCUCAACAUGUCUGACUUUCGCGACGAGGCGCACUCCAGCUCCUGGGACCACUCUGCUUUCGUGAGGACGUAUGCUAGCUACUUGGAUCAGAGGCUAGAGUUGGCUUUGUUCGAGAGGAAAGGGAAGAACGGUGGAGGGAGUGGGAGUAGUCACCAGAGUAAUGAUGAUUUUCGAUCUCCCCCUCCUCAGAGAGGUUAUGAUUACGAGAACGGUUACGGUAUGCCGAAAAGGUCACGGUCCUUUGGAGAUGUGAAUGAGAUUGGUGGAGGGAGAGAUGUUGUUACUGUUACUCCGUUAAGAGACAUGCCGCCAGAGAAGAUUUUUGGGAAGAUGGGGCAUUUACAGAGGCUUCUUGACCGGUUCUUGUCUUCUCGUCCUACCGGUUUAGCUAAAAGCAGCAGGAUGAUCUUGGUUGCUAUGUAUCCUAUUGUGAAGGAGAGUUUCAGGCUUUACGCUGAUAUUUGUGAAGUGUUGGCGGUUCUUCUUGAUAAGUUUUUUGAAAUGGAGUAUACGGAUUGCGUUAAGGCCUUUGAUGCUUACGCUAGCGCGGCGAAACAGAUUGAUGAGCUCAUUGCGUUUUACCAUUGGUGUAAAGACACUGGUGUGGCGAGAUCUUCUGAGUAUCCUGAGGUGCAGAGGAUUACUAGUAAGUUGUUGGAGACGCUUGAGGAGUUUGUGAGGGAUAGAGCUAAGAGGGGGAAGAGUCCUGAGAGGAAGGAGAUAGAAGCUCCUCCUCCUCCGGCUCCUGAGGAGGCGGCGGAGGUGGAUAUGAACGAGAUCAAAGCGCUUCCUCCUCCGGAGAACUAUACUCCUCCGCCGCCUCCGCCUAAGCCAGAGGCGAAAGUGGAGCAACCGCAAGUAACUAAUGAUCUAGUUGACCUGAGGGAGGAUGGUGUUAGUGCUGAUGACCAAGGAAACAAGUUUGCUCUUGCCCUUUUCGCUGGCCCUGUCACUAGUAACGGAAAAUGGGAAGCGUUCUCUUCUGAUAACAGCGAGGUGACAUCAGCCUGGCAGAAUCCAGCAGCGGAACAAGGGAAGGCUGAUUGGGAGCUUGCGUUGGUCGAGACAGCUAGCAACCUCGAGCAUCAGAAAGCCGCGAUGGGCGGUGGUUUAGACCCGUUGCUGCUCAACGGUAUGUACGAUCAAGGAGCUGUUAGACAACACGUGAGCACCUCGGAGCUAACCGGUGGGAGUUCAAGCAGCGUGGCGCUACCUUUGCCGAGUAAGACCAACAGCCAUAUAUUAGCGCUCCCUGCACCUGAUGGAACCGUGCAGAAAGUGAACCAAGACCCUUUUGCUGCUUCGCUAACGAUCCCGCCUCCUUCGUAUGUGCAAAUGGCUGAGAUGGACAAAAAGCAGUAUCUUUUGACUCAGGAGCAGCAGCUAUGGCAGCAGUAUCAGCAAGAAGGGAUGAGAGGUCAAGCUAGUUUGGCUAAGAUGAGUCCUGCCCCAAACGGAAUGCCUUAUGGGAUGCCACCGGUUAACGGGAUGGGACCGCCACCGAUGGGGUAUUACUACAACAACCCUUACUGAGCUUUGUUCUUUUCUUUACAUAAAUAUAUAAUAUUUUUCGACCAAUACACAGAUGGUACCUCAUGUUUCUUGUGUUAUAAUCCGGUUGCUUCUUGUAUCUUCCUGGUUAUGAGUUUGCUUGAAGACUGUUUAUCUUUUGAGUUUGAUUAAUAAUGUCAUUUAAAACCCAUUUUUUU